AACAGGGAUGUGUUUUGAAUAGGGAGCUCUCAUUAAGUCUUUUUGCGCAUCUGCCAUCAGCCAUCAGAGUGUGUGAAAUGGGAAGUAAAGGAUUUCGAGUUGGUGUAGUGUAACCAGGCUGGGGGACAAGUGACACUUUUUGUUGCCAUGAAGAGGUUUCCAUGCAAGCGUUUGAUUAUUCUGUUUGUUUGCAGGUCUUCUAUUCGGUUACUUCGUUCUCAAUGACAAAUUGUUGCUCUGUUGUGACAGUAUAGAGUGGCGUUGGUAGGGUAGUUCAUUAUAGUAUUACAGAUUUAAAACUAGAAACUCUUAUGCGAUUAUAAAACCUGUUUUUUCUUUAAGUAACGAGAUCUUCUAAAUCUUGUAAAACGACCAAAAAUGCAGAAAUGCUUUUAGCAAAAAUAAAUAUGCAACUUUAUAUAAUCGCGCGUUCUUCAAAACGUCCCUUCGUCAGGCUUUUGCUCAACUCUUUCCUUUUUUUCUUGUUUGUAAGGACUAAUUUAGAACUUGCAGAUUUGAGCUGCCUGAAUUGGCUAGACAGCUGUAAUCGCACUCCUCCUAGUCUUAAUCUCUUUAUCUGGGCAGCAGCUGCCAUAUGGUCUCAGUCAGCUGGAUCAGAUGUUCAUAAGCCUCCUUCUCCGUCCCUCUCUGUCCUCCCAGUCUCCUAAUUUGAUCGCUGCUACCUUGUGAGCUGUCCUGCAAUCUUUAUUUUUAGCCAUCUUAAAGAUUAGGAUUGAUGUGGACUUCGGGGCACUUAAAGUGAUUGUAUUGUAAAUCUGCUGUGGACCGCCUCUUUGGGGAGGAUGUUCCAUUUCUCCAAAGAUUUGGGGAGGGGAAAAGGGGGAGGAGAGGGCUGGCGAGAGGUUUGUUAUCCCCCUGUCCCCCUAUAAGCCCCUCAUUAAUGAAGGUCUGAACGCUGUUUGGGGUAGGGUGGGGGGCUUUGGCUUGCUAUCCCAAUCAGAUUUAAAUGAAGAUUCAAAUGAGUUCAUUUAAGUCCGCUGCUUGAACAUGACGCCGGUGCAUUUUUUUAGACGGGAACGAUCUUCGCGGGUAACAGGUUAUGAAGACAGCAUGGAGUUUCCAGACCACAGCAGACAUUUGCUACAGUGUCUGAGCGAGCAGAGGCAUCAGGGAUUCCUUUGUGACUCCACUGUGCUGGUCGGUGAUGCCCAGUUCCGAGCCCAUCGUGCAGUGCUGGCUUCAUGCAGCAUGUACUUCCACCUCUUUUACAAGGACCAGCUAGACAAAAGGGACAUUGUUCAUCUGAACAGCGACAUUGUCACGGCCCCGGCCUUCGCUCUCCUGCUUGAGUUCAUGUACGAAGGAAAGCUCCAGUUCAAAUCGCUUCCAGUGGAGGAUGUGCUGGCUGCUGCCAGCUACCUCCACAUGUACGACAUCGUCAAAGUGUGUAAGAAGAAGCUCAAGCAGAAGGCCACGGCCGAGGCCGACAGCACCAAGCGGGAGGAGGAUGCUUCCAGCUGCUCGGACAAGGUGGAGAGCUUCUCGGAAGGUGGAAGCACGGGCCGGCCGACCACCGCCGACCUGCUGCAGAGUGACGACGAGGACAUGGCGAACAAGCGGGACAGCCCUCAGGAGCCGGGGAGCAUGUGGAUGCGUCUGCCUUCCGACCGGACCACGUCUCCCACCACUAGCCCCAGGGAGGCGGAAACACAUGGCCCCGACGCUGGCAAAUCUCCUGCCGGCAGCCCCAGCAGCUCCACAGGCUCCCUGUCCCGUCGCUCGGCUGUGUCUCGGAGAGUCUCCGCUGACACCGAUUGCGUGCUUGACCUCUCUGUGAAGUCCGGUCUGGGCGGAGGUCCUGGGGAGACCAUGGCUGGCAACCCUUAUUUCUGCAGCUCUGUGACCCCAGACAGCCUCCAGAGUGCCCUGGUUCAGGUCAAGGUGGAAAAGGACACGGGCUCGGACGAUGACGAGCUGGUGAGCGGCGACUACGAGAUGGAGCACAGCGGUGUCAAGGAGCCACCCAGCACCAACGGGACUCGCAUCAGCCUCGUGGCGCAACGGCGCUUGGGCCUCGAGGCUCACCUCUCGGCCCUGCGUGAGGCCUCGCUGGCCAGCGAGCUGGAGCGGGACGACAAAGGAGGCGACGACGACACAGACAUCUUAGGAGGGGACAGCGAGCGAGCGCACGAGGCCGCGGGGGUCGAGAACUCCCUGUUGCCUUACGUCUCCAGCAUGCUAGGGGCUCCACAUACUCAGAUCUUCAUGUGCCCCUUAUGCAACAAGGUCUUCCCCAGCCCACACAUCCUGCAGAUCCACCUCAGCACGCAUUUCCGCGAGCAGGAAGGUGUACGGUCCAAGCCGGCCGGCGACGUCAAUGUCCCCACCUGCUCCAUCUGCGGCAAAACCUUCUCCUGCAUGUACACGUUAAAGCGUCAUGAGCGGACACACUCGGGCGAGAAGCCCUACACAUGCACUACUUGCGGCAAGAGCUUCCAGUACUCGCACAACCUAAGCCGACACGCCGUCGUGCACACGCGUGAGAAGCCGCACGCCUGCAAGUGGUGCGAGCGGCGCUUCACGCAGUCAGGGGACUUGUACCGACACAUCCGCAAGUUCCACUGCGAACUGGUGAACUCGCUCUCGGUCAAGAGCGAGUCGCUCAAUCUACCCACUGUCAGAGACUGGGCACUGGAAGAUAGUUCUCAAGAACUGUGGAAAUGAAAUCUAAACUGAUAGCAGACUGUUUGAACUGUUUGUUAAAUUAAUGAGAGAGAUCUGAGUGGCAUUUUGUUGGGGCAGAGAGGUGAAGGUAAGAGUGGGGCGGAGUGACGGCCGAAGGGUCUGAAUCAGUCAUUUUUCUUGUAUGUAUAUUGCAAAUCUUGUUGAAUUGCACUUUACUAGCACAUGAAAAUGUUACUACUGAUUUCCUUUUAAUAUAUUUUCUGGUCUCUUUUGGGUUUCUUUUCUUUUUUCCUGUUCUCCUUGGGUUUUUAGAAAACAUGGGUGCUGGUCUCAGUGACCAACUUUGACAGAAAAAUGAUUCAUUGGGAUUUUCAACUGUAUAUAAUUUACAGUAUUUGUAUACACUCCUAAAUUUCAAGGAACAUCUGCCAUGAAAAGCAUAUGAAGAUUUCAGGUAAUAGACAGAGGAGUUUAAAACUAAGGACACACUAAACGGGUACUAUGGUCAUAUAUUUACCUGUAUACACUCGCCUCUUGUUUGAGUAUGUGUGUGUGUGUAUUUAUAUAUAUAUAUAUAUAUAUAUAUAUAUAGUGCACUACUAUAAUUUGCAGAUAACAUACCUGAUGUGUGACUGUGGCCAUGCGUGCAUGUGUAUUCAUGCGCAUACGCACAUGUACACAUGUAGUGUGUGAGCAGGUCAGUCCUUUAAAUCCCAUGAGGAAGCUCUAAGCUCGUGUUACUUAAGCUCUUGUACAUUUUUGACUCGUUAUAGGAAACUUGACUGAUGGAAGACAAACAAGGCACUCAUGCAAUGUACAGCCUCCUUUUUCAUAUCAGUUGCCGCAUUUUUUUUUUUAUCUUUCUUAAUAUGAUUUGACGUCAUUUUCGCGUUUUAGUUGCGGUUGCUCUACAUCACUCGGUUGCUAUGAGGUUGGUUUUUACAUCAGCUGCAUUUCUAGAGAUUUCUGUAGUGUUUUAUUAAGAUUUUUCAUUUUUAAAACGGAAUCUGUUGUUGCAUGAUGUCUGACCUGUAUAUUGAAAAAGAUGUGACUUGCUGUAUUGCUGUACACUGUAAUUGACUGAUUCAUUACAGUCAGGGCACCUGUCUGUUGAGAAAAAAAAAAGUACCUUUAAUAUUACCGCUGUAGAAAUUGCAUGCAUUUUAUUUAACUUACUCUUUUUCAUUGUUGUUUUGCAUCAGAGAGUGUAUUUUUUAAUUAACUCAUUUGAUUCCUUGGUAGAUUUGAGUUUUUUCCUCUUAUUAGAGAAUGAAUCUGGGGUUCUGGUGAGGUGUUUUUUUUCUGGGCUGUGAAGAUUGUGGAAAUGCACUGACGUUAGGCUGCAGUAUCUACACACGAGACGCGAUUCGGUUCGGGCUCGCUGUAGGAUUCGGGGGUUAACGAGGGGCCAGGUGUCAGCAGAGGCUGGAUCGCUACAUUUAUUGUUCAGAAUGCUAGCAUGGCUCCUGCUAGCAUCUCCUUGCGCACUGCUCUUCCCAGUGCUGGGUCCUCAACUGCUGUUUGUCUCAGUGUCCUGUUUACUGGCUGUUGUCAUUUGAAUCAUGUCGGCUCUGUUUGUAAUUUAUUUAUUUAUCUUUUCAAUUGGCACUUGCUUCAGAUUCGAUUGCCAUGAAGACACAUUUGCGUGGCUGAUGGUACAGCUCUUCUUUAUGGGUGUCCUCAGCAGCGCACAUCUAUUUGGAGAAGCUGAAGGAUCUUUAAACAGCAUAAAGCUCGACACACUCUGAUCUGAGUGGUUUGUAUGCGUGUGUUUGUGUUCAAUACAUAAGUCCUUUUUUUUGUCAUUAGAACGUGUUUGGCAAGGUUGGUUGCACCUUUGAAGCUUAAUGAAAUUAGAAUGAUGUGCAAAAGAGGCCUUUAUGAAAUGUAUACGCUUAAUUAUAACCUAAUUGAAUGGACUUUGUUACACUGAAAAAAGAUCUAUACAUUUGUGAUUGUUAACUUUUGCAGCAUUUGUGAUUUCGAAAAAUGUUUCUUUUGAAAAUGUUUUAUUUUUUCUUUUAAUUUGCUAAGAUUUCUUUUAUUAACAAUGUGAAAAUUCUGUUCAUUUUGUUUGUUUGUUUCACAAAAAACAAUUUCAUUGUCAAAUCCAGAGAAAUAAAAAGCAAAGAAAAAUGAAACGCAUAUGGCUUCGCGCUGUAGACGUAGAUCAGUCAUUCACAUAGUGCUGAAAUGCUUGAACUACUUUAGUUAGAGAGGGCCGGGGGCUCCGCACAUGUUUGGAGCAGGACAGGAGUGUGCGGCACACGGGCCUACGCAGGCCUCAGGAACUAUCCUACCAUAUAUUUGGCUGGUGCAACGGCUAGUGAAAAGGUUGAGCUUUGCCAACAGCGCACGCUCCUCAUGGCGUUUUGCACGGUGGUACUUUUACCUUUUGCACUCUAAAAUGUCUGUGACAGAUAAAAAAAUCAACUGUGGGGUUGAUUUGUUUUCUAUGCUCUCCUUUUCUUUAUGUUUUUUGUUGGCUUCUAUUGUACUUGACCGCCUUAAACUACUGUUAUCAUAUUAUACUCAGAGGGUGAAAACUGGAAACUGUCGCUGGAAUACUGGAUGUCUUUCUUGGACUUUUUUUUGUUUGUUUUUUGUUCAAUGGAAAUUAAGCUGUGAAAUGGCCUAUGAAGCAUAUCCAUAAAUUAGACACCCCUUUAGUUUACUUGAAACCCAGGAACCCCAGUGUGAAGAACAACUGUCAAAUUCAAACUUGGUGGCUAAUGAGUAUGGGAAAGAAAAUAAUAAAUAUCUGUUGAAUUCAAGGACAAUCGCUGUCUGGAUGGGGAAAAAAAGAAGAUUCAACUUCACAUGUAAUUGCUUCCCUUCUGAGAUUUUUUGGCUAUGUUGACAUUGUUCUUUUUAUGGAUUUAGACAUUUAGCUUUGACAAUCAUAGUAUGUUUCAUUUUCUCAAGGGAAGUAAAUUAUGAGGCUGUUUAGUUUUGUACUUUUGGUGUGCUGUUGGUGAAAUUUUUAAAUUGUGUGCAAACUGCAAUAAAUUAUAAGAACCUUAA